GUUGAAGAGAGAGAGUGGGGUACAGAUGACCGUAUAAUUAUUAUACAUCAGUAUCGGUCAGCGACUGAUUCCUGAAGACUGUUUUUAAACCAUUUUUUUAUCCAAUCUUAUCAAGAUACGUUGAUUAAAAAUUAAUUUAUCAAAUAAUUCAGGUGUUAUUGUCAAACAUUUCCAUCAUCAGUGUCACUUAUUUGAAGUUGAAUGUUUCCCAAGCAUAAAUAAUAUUUGAGUGUGUAAUAAAAAAGUAGAAGCUGUUUGAUUGAUAAAUAAACCACAAGGAACUGUUAUGUUAAAUAUAAUUCAAGGUUAUAAAGCCGAAUUUAAAAAUGAUCUGACAGUAAAAUGAAAAUACUACCUAACAUGGCAACUCGCUUGACCAUGAUAGAGUUAUCCAGAUGACAUCAUUGUCAUGGCUGUACACUUGUGUUGAAUUUGCUGCCCACGCACAAGUCACGAUCAUGUUCCAGACUUUUAUAAAAGAGUUAUUUUUCUGUUGAAUUGGCAUUGAAUUAUUUUUCCAAGAAACCUUGAUCGUAAAGAGACAGCCAAAGAUGAUAAAAAUGGAUCCAGAAGAGGAACAUUUGCAGCUGACAAUGAUUCAAGAGCCAAACAUAAAUAUCUACAAGUUAUUACUAAACAGUCUUCAGCAUAAUCACUAUGCUAUAUUCAAGAGUUUGUUGAAGAGAGAGCUAGAAAAGCGACCAUCAUCUAUUGAAAUCGAUUACAUCUAUCCUCAUCCACUCAACAAAACUCUUCUAGAUAUUUCAUGUCUAGAAGGAUUACCAGAAUUUACUGAAUUACUUUUAGAACUUGGUGCUGAUCCGAAUAAAAUAAAUUUCUCAUACAAUCGAGGACCACUUCAUUUCGCGACUGAAUCAGGUCAUGUUAAUGUACUGAAGGUUUUGCUGGAAGACCCGAGGUCCAAUCCUAAUUUGGAAGUGGCUCGAGAAACCGCCCUUCACUUGGCAGUACGAAAAAAUAAUCCAGACUGUGCCAAGGUUCUUUUAGACAACAACGCAAGUCCAAAUAUCCCAAAUUCCAAAGGUAUGACGCCAAUUCAUGUAGCUGCUUCUGAAAGUAAUCGUGAAAUGGUUUUAGCAAUUUUAAAUCACUCAAGACUACCACCAGAUUUGGAUAAUUUUUAUGACUUUAGAAAGAAAACAGCUCGAGAUUUAAUAAUACAAAAGUUUCCAGACAUUCAUUUACCUCCAAAAAUGCCAAAGAGAGUGGAUUAUAAUAUUCUAAGGUUCUAUCUUGAUGCUAAUGAUGAGAAGAAUUUUUUAAAUCAUCUAGACAUGGUUGAAGAUGAUGCUGAUAUUGAUCAAGAGAGAUUAAUCACAUUAGCAGCAGAAAAAAAUCUAAUCACAAGCGUUCAAGCAUUGAUCAAAGAUAUUGAUCCAAUAAAAACUCCAAUCGUUGAUGAAGCUGUUGAAGUAGCUGUGAGGAAAGGUCAUGUUGAGAUCCUAGCAGAACUCUUGAACUUGGGAGUAAAAAUCAAAGAUAAUUUAAUCCUAGUUGCUGCUAGGGAACUAGGUGUUUCCCUACGAGCUAAUUUAAAUCAAAAUAAUCGACUUAAAUGUCUGAAGAUGAUCCUAGAGCUACCGAAUAUCAAUGUCCGAUGUAGAGAUGAAAAAGGUAACACUCCUCUUCAUUAUGCAGCAAGAGCUGAAUGUGAAGAAGCAGUGGUGUUGCUUCUACAACAUGGCAGUUAUCUAGGUGCUGAGAAUUGUCUUGGAGUCUCACCUCUAGCACACAUUGCACCAGGAUUGCUUCAAGAUUACUUCAAUGAUUGUCUUCGUAGCAACAACGACCGAACUGAUGACUAUGAAAUCGAGUUCAAUUACGAGUGCUUCAUUCCUCAUACUGACUUUCAAACCAGCGAAAAUUCAGAAAGUUCUUUGCUUCAGAAUAAUUAUCAAACAUCUAGGAACUCGAAGCAGUUAUUCACCGAGCUGGAACCCUUCAACUACAUCGCUCAUAAUCGAAGCUUGAAGAACCUGUUGAAACAUCCACUGCUUUCAUCAUUUCUCUACCUUAAAUGGCAUCGGAUUCGAUAUGUCUUUUACAUUAAUUUUAUUUUCUUCACCUGUUUUUACAUCUUCUUGAAUUCAUAUAUUUUAUUGACCUUCAAACCACCACCAAUCAAUCAGACAAGUUCUGAAAACACAUCAGCACAGUUCGUAGCAGAAAAAAUAGUCCUGACUGAUUUUUCAAGAGACUUUAAUAGUCUCUGGGGAAUAACAACUGUUUUGUUAAUUCUCCUAGCUAUUCGGGAAUGUUUCCAACUCUUCUCAGCACCAAUUCAUUACAUAAAAAAUGCUGAAAAUUGGUGGGAAUUGUUAUUAAUAAUUCUAACUUCAAUUAUUCUAAUUCAUCCUCAUUCAGGAAUUGGAGCAGUGUUGAUUUUAUUAUCAGCAUGGGAAUUAAUUAUUUUAAUUGGUCAGCAUCCAAAAAUGUCUACAGGAAUAGAGAUUUUUAAAACUGUUACUGUUAAUUUAUUAUUCUUCUUACUGCCAUAUGCAUUUUUAAUUCUAGCAUUUGCUCUAUCAUUUUUUACUUUAUUUAAUGAUUCAGAUGAUGACAAUUUCCCGAAUGCUGGAAGAUCAGUUUUUAAAACAAUAAUUAUGUUGACUGGUGAAUUUGAUGCUAAUGAUAUUCCUUUCUUAAAGUAUCCAAUAAUAAGUCGGUUUAUUUUUAUAUUAUUUAUAUUUCUUAUUGCUAUUGUUUUGUUUAAUUUACUUAUUGGUCUUGCUGUCAGCGAUACCAGUGAUAUUUUAAAUAAAUCAGAAUUAGUUGUUUUAAUUUCACGAACUAAAUUGAUUAAUUACAGUGAAAAAAUUGUCAUUGGUUCAAAAAUAAUUAAAUCAAUAUUCCAUUGUCGUUAUUUUAAUGCUGAUCAAUUUAAAAAUUAUUCCAUUGGAUUUUUAGCAAGCAAGAUAUUCUUUUUUCCUAGCUUUAUGCCGACUGGUAAAAUAUAUGUGCAGCCUUAUAAAAAUAAUUUGAUUCGGAUUGUUGGAAAUAAUUUACAUGAAAAGAGUUGUGAUAAAAUAUUGAUGGAUAAGAAGAUUGUUGUGAAGGCAAAAGAAAUUUUGGCGGAAAAGGGGAAAAUAAGUGAGUAUCAGAAGAUUAUUGAUGACUUGAGGGAGAUAAAAAUGAAGAUGGAAAAGAUAGAGAAUAUUGUAAAUCAUAUUCAAGCUGAUAGUUUGAAGAAUAAUACUACUAAUGUAGAAGACUGAUGUUUUUUAUUUUUAAUUAAGGAAGAUUACUAUCCCAAUUGUUGUUCAUGAAGGUAUUUUUGCUCAGUAAAUUUUAUUAUGUUAUUAAAAAAUAUUAUUUAAUCAAUAGGGAAUAUAAAAAUCCUUACUUUAUAAUUAUGUUGUUGAUGGAUAUGAGUUGAAGAUGAAAUAAUGUGGACUGGAAAAUGGCGAGGUUACAAAGAGAAGAAUAUUUAGAAUUUAUUAAGACAGACUUAUAAUAUAAAUAUAAAUAGAACUAUUUCCUUAGAGAGACUUAUUUAGACUGUCCAUCAAGCGAAUGCUAGGCAAAAAAUAGGUUCAUGAUCUACAGUUGGGAUAUUGACCUUUUCUAGACUUGUCCAAUAAAUAUACAAAAUAUUUUUGUGAAAAAAAUAAUCACUAUUUUUUAAUAAAUUUCUUUUUAUAAUA